ACUCAUCUUCAAGACGAAUAACAGCUUUUGACAUGAAGCUGAUAUUAGUUCUGUCAGUGAUAGCCUGUGGCUAUGCAGCAAAAUUGGACAGGACGUAUCUCCCACCAGCCAGCGCGGCCACCGCUGGGGGCAGCCCUGGAGCCAUAAGGGCCCCUGGAUCGUCUGGAUUUGGACAACCCGCCCCUUCAUCUUUCGGACAAGGAGCGCCUGGAUUUGGACAGUCAGGAUCCGGUUUCGGACAGAACUCAGGCGCCGGACAGGCUCCGUCUGGAUUUGGACCGUCCGGUUCUGGUUCAGCUGGCUUCGGUAAGGCGGCCGGUCCUUCCGGAUCAAGCCAGCCUUCCUCUCUCUAUGGCGGUCCCUCAGGAGCUGCUGCCAAGCAAGGAUUCGGGCAAAGUGCUCAGGGAUCUUUCGGACAGAACCAGCCUUCUGGCUCCGCUGGUUUUGGUCAGCAAUCUGGAUCAGCUGGUGGUAGCCGACCUUCCUCUGUCUAUGGUGCCCCGUCUGGUGCUGCUGGUAAACAAGGUUUUGGAGCUCAAGGCUCCUUCGGUCAAGCCGGACAAGGAUCCUUUGGUGCCCAAGGCUCUUUCGGUCAAGCUGGCCAAGGUUCUCAAGGCGCUUUCGGCCAAGGUCAACAACGCCAACAACCUGAGCGUGCCCAGGCUGCUGCUGACAGGAACGCUGAAAUCUUGAGAUACGAAAACGAAAAUGACGGUGAACGAUUCUCAUACGCUUUCGAGACCUCUAACGGAAUAUCUGCUGAAGAAUCAGGAGUUGCCACUAACGGUGUACAGGCUCAGGGCGCGUUCGCAUACACUGGUGAUGACGGUGAAAACUACCGAGUGACGUACACAGCUGACGAGAAUGGAUACCAGCCCCAGGGUGACCAUUUGCCGACCUCUCCGCCCAUCCCUGAUGAGAUCUUGAGGUCGAUCGAGGAGAACGCAAGGGCUGCCGCCGCUGGAACCCAAGAAGGUGCUUACAACCCCGAUGAAGACGAAUCUUCCGUUCCUCAGUACAACCAGGCUCAAGGUCAAGGAUCUCUGUACGGCGCUCCCAACGCUGGCAGCUCAGGAUUCAGAGCCUCUGGCCAAUCUGGACAAGGCUUCCAAUCUGCUGGACAAAGACAGCCCUCUGGUCAAAGCCCAUCGUCCGUAUAUGGCGCCCCUAACGCCCCUGCUUCGAGAGCCCCUGGACAGUCCAACGGUUUCAACCAACCCGCCGCCCAAGGCCCAUCUUCUCAAUACGGCGCUCCUAACGCUGGCCCAGCUGGCUCCAGGCCUUCAGGUCAAGGUUUCCAGUCUGUUGCCCAAAACCAAGGUACUUCUUCUUUCUACGGCGCCCCCAAUGCGGCUGGAUCAGGAUCUAGGCCGUCUGCCUCAUCCAACGCUUUUAACCAACCCGCUGCUAAAGGUCAAGGACCUUCUUCCCAAUAUGGAGCCCCCAACGCUGGACAGUCUGGUGCAUCUGGCGCCCGGCCAUCUGGUGGUCAGGGAUUCAACCAGCCCGCUAACCGUCCUAACCAAUUCGCGCCAUCUUCCUCAGGCCAAGGUCAGUUCGGCCAGAAUGCUCCCGCUGCUCGUGGACCUCAGGGUGGUGAUGAUGGAUACAACUACGACAGGCCUCAGUCUCAGUUCCCUGGCAGCCAGUCAAGCCAAAGCAAUGGAUUCCGUCCACAGUCUGGAGCUGGCUCAGCAGGUCCUCAGCAAUACAACCGCCCCCAAAGCCCAGCUGGUUCUGGCUUCGGACCCUCUUCUAACGGUCAAGGCUCGUCUCCUUCUGGUCAACAGUUUGGACGCCCUAGCGGUUCCUCUCAAGGAUCUUUUGGACCCUCAGCUGCUGCUAAGUCCCCAUCUGGAUCGUUCGGAUCUUCUGCCCCUGCUGGUCAGGGAUCUUCCAGGCCUUCUGGACAAGGAUUCGGUUCCGGGGCUUCAGCUGGCAAAUUCGGACCUUCUGGAUCAAGCCAAGGUUCAUUUGGGCCUUCUGGAUCAAGCCAGGGUUCUUUCAGACCUUCUGGGUCAAGCCAAGGUUCAUUUGGUCCUUCUGGAUCAAGCCAAGGCUCGUUUGGAUCUGCUGGACAGACCAUGACUCUGCAGUCAGCGCCUUACAAUUACAACCGCCCAGGAUCUCAAGGCUCUCAGCCCCAAAGGUCUCAACCAACUGGACAGUCUCAGGCUCCAGGUUCCUCUGGAUCCUUCAACCAGCCCCGACUUGGACAGGAGUUCGGUGGACCUCGUCAGCCGCCCAGCUUCGACGAGCAAGAAGGAUACAAAUACUAAACCAAAGUCAAUGAUCUUAUUUAGAGAAAUACACGAUUAAAUAUAGGAGGCAUUUGAAAAAUGUAAAAAAAAGAAUUCAAGCAUAAUGUGAUUUUGUACAGUAAUGUAUAGAAAUAAGCAAGAGUCACUGUGUGAUAUAAUGUAAAUAAAUUAAUUACGAGAAUGUA